AUGACAGAAAUAGCGAUUAUAGCGACUGAUUUAGCUGAAGUUAUUGGAACAGCAAUUGCAUUGAAUAUUUUGUUCAAUAUUCCUUUAUUCUUGGGCGUAAUUAUUACAGUUAUAGAUGUGUUAAUUGUUUUGAGUGCUUAUAGACCAAAGGGACCUCUAUUUUUUAUCCGCAUCUUUGAAUCUUUUGUUUCAAUCUUAGUUGCUGCUACCGUGGUUUGUUUCGGUAUUCAAUUGUAUCAAGUUAGUCAUGAUAAGUCAAUAAACUUUUCCAUUGCAGAAGUGUUUAGAGGGUUUUUACCAAAUGAAGAUGUAGUGGAUAUGUCUGAACGAGAAGGUGGUAGUGGAUUAUUCUUGAGUUUGGCUAUAUUGGGUGCAACAGUCAUGCCUCAUUCAUUAUAUUUGGGCUCUGGUUUAGUCCAGGCUAGACUUAAGGAUUUCGAUAUUAAGCAUGGGUAUUUUGUACCGUGGAGUAGUGAGCUGAAUAAAUCGGAGAUAUCAAUACCUAGUGAGAUUACAGUAACUGAUGUGGAUAAUAUUGAAACACCAUUGACUAUGCCAACAAUAGCGCCAAAUCCUGCUUUCGAAAGUGGUAGUGGUAGUAGUGGUAGGGGUAGUGGUAGUAGUGGUAGUAGUAACAGUAACGCUAAUGGUGACUGUGGGGAUGAUAUCACUUUGAGAGCUAAUGAAGAGGAAGAGGAAGAAGAAGAAGACCAUUAUAGACCAUCAAUUCACGCUAUUAAAGAUACCAUGUCAUAUACUAUUAUUGAAUUGGUUAUUUCAUUAUUUACAGUUGCAUUAUUUGUUAAUUCCGCAAUUUUGAUAGUUGCAGGUGCUACAUUGAACAGUUCAAAGAUGGGCUCGCCGAGGGACAAUGAUGACCACCAUGAUAUCGAUCAUGACACAGAUGACGAUUCUGACGACGAUUAUGAAAAUGCAGAUUUAUUCACCAUUUAUCAUUUGUUAUCCAAACACUUGUCACCUACAGCUGGGUUUGUAUUUGCUUUGGCGUUGUUGUGUUCCGGUCAAAGUGCGGGUGUUGUAUGCACAUUAGCUGGUCAAAUGGUGUCCGAAGGUUUCCUAUCUUGGAGUUUGCCUCCUGUUGCAAGAAGAUUGGUCACUCGUGGACUAGCCAUUGUUCCAUGCCUCUUUACAGUUACAUUUGCGGGAAGAGAAGGUUUGGCCAAGACACUAAAUGCAAGUCAAGUUGUGCUUUCAAUGCUCUUGCCAAUUGUUAGUGCCCCCUUGAUUUGGUUUACAUGCGACAAAAAAACAAUGAGAGUGCCUAUAUUUGUUAGAGACGGCGAGGAAGAUAUUGAUAUUUUAUAUGAUGCAGAUGAGGAGGUUGAGGAUAUUUGUUUCAGUUCUAGUCCUGGUGGUACCAAGAGAUAUACAACUUCAGAUUCAGCUAUACGACUCCAGGAUUUACGCAACUCCCAUCCAUGUGCUGGCUGGGAAGAGGAGGAUGAUGACGAGGAAGAUCACCAUCGCCAGCUACAAAACAAGUAUGCAGAUGAAAGUGGGAGAUUAAUGAGUGAUAACAGUUUGGUAUCAUAUAAGUACCCACAACUACAUCAAAGUAGCAGUAUGAAAACAAAGAAAAAUUUGGUGGAUAAACCUUCUGAUUUGAGUGUCUCUUCAGCAUCCGAUGAUUCACAAACUCCACUGCGUCGGAAUGUUGAUAAUGAAAAUGGUAACGAUAACGGUGACAGUGAUGAUAAUGAGAGAUUUAGAAUCAAGGGAUAUAAAGACUUCAGCAAUAGUUUAUUGACAUCUGUCUGUGCUAUUGUAAUUUGGGGAUUUAUUACAGUAUUGAACUUGUAUUUAGUGGUUAAUAUGUCUCUAGAUAUUUAA